AUGUUCUUCAGAGUAAGGAAGCAGAUGUCCAAAGAAGGAAACUACACCGUUGCAACUACUGAUGUAGAGGAUGAUGCAAUGAUAUUGAAGUUGGAGAAGUAUCCUCACCCAGGAAUACGAAGGUCAGUCUAUGUCACAGACGAUCGUCAAUUAUUUGCUUGUGAGUGCCAGUAUUUUCUUUCCUUUGGCAUACCUUGUUGGCAUAUUUUUGCAGCAAUUAAGCACCUACGUAUCACACAAAUGCCUAAAUCACUAAUCCUAACACAGUGGACGAUUGACGCUACACAACUUCCUGAUGUGGAAAACGAUUCCUAUGCAAGAUAUCAAGACACAGAUGCAGAAGAGAGAGCAAGGUUUGGUGGCAUUACUAGCAAAAUGACUGAACUCGCUUACCUGGGAUCGAGGACUCAUUAUGCAUACGAAAUAGCAAACUAUGAGAUUGAUAGAAUUUGCGCACAAUUAAGAAACAACCUCCAAAUUGGGGAAGAAGGUUCCAAGGACAAGCUUCCUUUACAUCGUCAAUCAGACUUCAACAUAUUGGAUCCUUAUUUGAGUAAGAAUAAAGGCACAGUUAAGAUGAGAGGGUCAAACGGUGGAGUAGCCCGAAAGUGUAGUAUUUGCAAAAAAAAAGGACACAACAAGUCUACAUGUCUACAAAGAAAGAAAAAUGGUCACAAGAACGGGGGCUCUGACAACUCUGAACCACACGAACAAGACAAAUAUCUAUAUGGAACAGAGGAUAUGGAUGACAAGGAAAGACAUACUAUCUACCAUAAUUCGGAAAGUGAAGACUUCAACGCACCUACUCACCAACAACCUUUCACACCAGAUUGUACGAACCAAGUGAAUAACUAUACAGAAGAAAAUUUGAGUUACUCUGCAACAGAUGAUAUGAGUUCUGCCUUUAAGUGGUGGGAACCUCCAUAUGGUUAUUGA